AUGUUUCCAGUUCAUCAAAAAUCAUCCGGCCCAUCAGCUACUGAAUUACUCGAAGCCACUAGAAAAGAAUACGUCAAAACUGAAGCGUUGAAAACGGCAAAAAUCGACUAUGAUUGGUCUGUUGCAGAUCCUGGACGACCUAGGAUUUUUUCGAGGAAUGGCAGUGAUCAAGAGGAUGAGGAUGUCGAAUGUAGUGUCGCUCCUUCGAGAACUUCUUUAUCACGAAGUCGUAUUCGAGUUGCACCAUCAAGGUCACCGGAUUUCCUAUGCUUUUGCCUAACGUCAACGCCAGGAAUUCGGCCCUCCAGCUACAAACCACUCGAAACACCUUAUGGAGCCUUCCGUCGAGUCGAGAAACCCCAUACGGUAACCUUAAGCCGUACCAAAAGUACUCCACCUCGAGCCCAACCACGUCCCCCACCUCCAAGGCCACCGAAACCACAAUGGUUGAGGAAUUCUCUUGCGAAAAGAAUUUCCAAUGAACCGAAUGAUAGUAACAACAAUAAUAAAGCAACAUCACAAGCACAAAUUUCGUCUUCGUUAUUCCAUCAAAAACCAAUUCCAGCACCUCGACUCUCCAAGCAAAUCCUUAAGUUUAACGUUUGUCGAGUUCUAAGCGAUAAUAUGGCAUUUCAGCGGCGUCAGACAAUGCCAAUUCCGAUGCCGCUGGAGAGGCGAGAGAGUUGCGAUGCGACAGCGAACAUGAAUAAUGAGUUUGAUAUAUUACGAGUGAGCACGUGCAGUACUGGUGGAAACAUGACAACAGCAAAAACUAUCGAAUCUCUGACAACAACACCGUCAACUUCACGUGGAACAGUGUCAUCGUACGGUGGAAGAUAUACACGUGAAAGACGAUUUCAUAAUGCUAGUUGUCGCUCUCAUCAUAAUGCCGAUCUGAAUCGACGAUCUCCUGAAACAAUUCCAUCUGUAAUCACUUCAUCGGCGAUUGCUGAAGAACGAAGUACAGCACAAUCAGUGGAACUGUCCCAAAUUGGUUCAGAAGCGUCCGUUUUUACCUCGAUCACAGCAGCUUAUCAUGGCAGCUGCUCGAUGGAUGAUCUUACAAAAGGGUCAGCAUCUGAUUGCGAUAAUGGUAGUGGUUUGAUGGUUGGGCUUGGGAGCCAUCGAUCAGGGCCACUCGGUGCUGAGCCGUCACUGAUCGAGAAGAACGCUCGUGUCAUUAAAUGGAUUUAUAGCUGUCGAACGGUUGUCGCUUAA